AUGGCAACAAAGACAACUACAAAAAAGGCUGUCGGGUCAUAUUCGCGACUCCUCGCCACAAAAGCACCUCCUAAAGCGCCGCCUAAAGAGAAAGAGGAGGGCUCUAUCGCCAGUGUCUUUGCAUCGCUCUCGGGUGACAAGCCGGUGGAGCUUCCACAGCGAUUUUCUCAUCUCAAGAAGAAUAUGUGGAAGGACAGUCUGAUUGAAUCAUGGAGAGACGUUCUCAGUAGACUGAAGAUGGAGGUCGAGCACGUCGAAGCUCUCGGCUCAGACGCUAUCCCGCGCCUACCUUUCCAUCAGAUAAAGAGUGGUAUGGAUGUAGAUAUACUAGAACGCAUCAAGAAAGUCGGCUCGGUGGUAGUCGAUGGGGGUGUGCCUGAGGGUGAGGCGCUCCGCUGGAAGCAGUCUAUCCGCGACUAUGCGCGUGCGAAUAAGGACAGAGUGAGGGGGUUCCCUGCAGAUGAUGUCCAGGUGUUCGAGUUGUACCACUCUGUGGCUCAGACUGAGGCCAGAUGUCAUCCUGCUUUGAGACAGACGCAGGAGUUCCUCCUUAACCUUCUCCAUGCCAGCGAUCCGCAAUCUGAGAUCAGUCUUGGUUCUGUCAUGUCUUACUUGGACAGAUUGAGAAUUCGCAAGCCGGGCGAUUCCCAAUUUGCACUGGGGCCUCAUAUCGAUGGUGGUUCUCUGGAGCGCUGGGAGGAUCCAGGAUACAGGGCAUGCUGGAAGCACAUCCUCCAAGGCAACUGGGAGGAGCAUGACCCAUUCGACGUGUCGCCUCGCUUGAAUGCGCAAUUUGACUUGUAUGGUGCAGCAGGAGGCUGUUCAGUCUACAGACCGUUCCAGGGCUGGACGAGUUUGAGCAAGGUCGGGCCACGCGAGGGUACACUCAAAGUUCUGCCAGUCGAUCUCAAGCUAGCAACAGCGUAUAUCAUUCUUCGGCCAUUCUUUGCGCCUGUCAGGACCCCGCAGCAUCUGGACUUCAGCGAUUGGAAGCUGGAUCUGGAGAGCACGCACUUCCCAGGCGGCUCACAGGGUAGGACGCAGGAGCUGAGCAGUCACACGCACCCGCACUUGCAGCUCGAUAAGACGAUGGUGUCUGCGCCAAGUCUCUCACCUGGCGACCAGGUGUACUGGCACAGCGACGUAGUGCACGCCGUGGAGCCGGAGCAUCACGGACAGAGCGACUCCAGUGUUCUCUACAUACCAGCCAUACCACUCACCAUCAACAACGCGCAUUAUCUCGUCGAUCAGAGGAGCAGAUUCAUCAAGGGUCUGCCGCCAUCUGACUUCCCGGGCGGCGAGGGCGAGAGUCACUUCUUUGGUCGAAUGCUCCCAGAAAACGUCGAGGCUGGUCCUUCACGCCAGUUGCUCGGCUUGGAGCCAUUUCCUCGUCCACAGGGGGCUUCCCCCGGUGCUGAGCGCACAGUAGAGAAAUCAAAUGAGAUACUGUUUAACUGA